AUGUACACUAACAAAACUUCUAUUCAAAGAGAAAGCUUUGUUAUUCAAGUUUCAGAAAAUUUUCAAUCUUCAUCUCAAGUUAUUAGCCCUUCUUCUAAUAAAUUAAUCAAUUUCUCCGCCAUGAAGCUUUUCGAUCGCUUUCGCAAGAUCGUUAUGCGAUUCGUUUUUCCCAUCCCGACGUCUAGCCGGAGGAGGCCGAAUCGGGCUGGGGCAACGAUGUCAGCAACCGGGCCGGGCUCAGGCCAGAGACGAAGAUCCUGUGACCGGCCCGAUCCGCCGAAGACCUCAUGUAGCUCUUAUUAUUCAUCAACUUCUCAUUAUAAUGAAGCUAUUGCUGAUUGUAUAGAGUUUUUUAAUAAGUCAUCACAAGAUCAAGGUAUUUUUAGUGGUAGAAAAUCAGACGUUAUUGUGUGAUUUUUAUGU